GUGCAAAAAUGUGUCAAAAGGUUUGGUUACCAUCUGGGAUCCUACUCAACAUGGAACUGUCAACAUUUUUUUGUUUUCCCUGUAUCUGACUACUUGAAGUCAUAUAAACAAUAUCAAGGCAUACGUAGUUUGUUGAAUCUAUCCUCCGCAUCAACGGCAAUAAGUGACAAGACGCAAACUGUGAAGAAGACACAAUGACAUCUUUUGGAAUGAGUUGAAUUGUUACUAUACGUAUAGGAAUUAUCCACACCAUUGCUGCCGUGGUAUUUUCAUUCAGGCAUUUUUUAAAUGUUUUUUUUUAAAGCUAUGCUCUUUACAAAAGCAUGUAGAAAUUGCCAACUAAUCCAUUUGCACUGCAUUUUUGACGUGGAAACAAUGUCAACGGUGUUAAGCCUUAUUGCUUUUCAGUCCACGCUAAAUAUAUUUGUUAUUGUUUGAAGGGGAAAGUCUUAACACUGAAUUACUAACGUGCCGGAAUGACUUUUCUUCUCCCCAGCCAAUUUGGGUCUUGCGCAUUGUAUUAGUGGUAACAAUGUAGUAAUACAGCUCAUUGAUGAUGAGCUGUAAGAAUUUAGAAAUGUUUACCAAAUGUUAAAAGUACAAUCAUAAAGUAGUAUGGAUUUCCUUCCUACAUUUGAAAUGAGAUGAAUCUGUACUUUCUAAAUUUGUCCCAAUAGUCUUCAAAACGGCUCGGCUUAAAUAAAAGGAGCCAACUGUGGUUCUCAUCAGGCUUUUUCCUGUCUCCUGCACCGCGGUCUAGUUACAGGCUCACGCAGCAGCGCAGAGCAGAGCAGAGCAGCGCAGCCGUGGGGCCAUAGGAGCGAGCGUUUGUAUGCGUGGAAAGCAGCCAGCCAGCCAGCCAGCCAGCUAGCCAGCCAGCCAGCCAACGAGCCAGCCAGCCAGCCAGCCAACGAGCCAGCCAGCCAACGAGCGCACCCCAACUAACUGGCUCCUGCUCUGCUCUGUUCUUCCCGGGCGGUUAGCUGGAAACAAGGACGCUGGAGUGACCUGGUCCCGUCCCGCCAGCCCGGGUGCAGGCAGGUCGGAUAUCUAUCUGGCUGCUUGGUUGUUUCAUUGGCAUUGUCGGAGCGCGAAGGUAAGCAAGUACCUCAGUGUCCAUGUCCAAGUCAGCCCAGAUGCCACUGUCCAACAACAUAACGGUGUCAAAGCCCUCAAUCUCUCGGGUGCCCAGCAGCAUGGAGGGCAUCAAUCAUGAGCUGGAGAAGGUCUUUAUCAAAGACAACGGAGAGAAGGAAGAGUUAAAGUCUCUGGAGGUACCCGAUGGCCGUCGAGCGCCCUUUCCUCCGCAGCAGCGCAGCAGCUCCAGAGGCACCGACAUCCAAAUUCCAUCAGGCCCCGGACGGUCCAGCAGUUGCUCCAGCCUCUCGCCCUGCCCCUCACCCGCCGCCUGUCCGUCGGGAUCACACGACAGCAGUCCCUUUUCCACCGAGGAUUUACUCGAUGAUCCUGAUAAAGACAGCGAAAGUAGCUCGCCCCUCCCCAAAUUUGCAUCUUCCCCCAAACCCAACAACACCUACAUGUUCAAGCGAGAGCCGCCCGAAGGUUGCGAAAAGAUUAAAGCCUUUGAGGAGAUGAGCUCGAGGCAGUCGGCGUCGGCCGCCCUCUUUUCCUGUCCGGACAAAAACAAAGUCAACUUCAUACCAACUGGCUCGGCAUUCUGCCCCGUCAAACUCCCGCCGGUCCAGUCUCAAGAGAAGGAGGAGGAGGAGGACGACCACGACCACGACGGGACAGAGACGGCGACGACGCACGAGGCUCAAGCCUCCUCGGCCGCAAAUGAUCCUCCCGGCCCAGCCGCCGCCUCAGCGGAGCUGCCGCAGACAGACAGUCGAGCCAUCAGCUAGUAGCGAGCAGAGCUGGUCUCUAGCUCCAGGUUUGACCUUUGUGACUGACUCUCCCAAAACACCUUCUUCUGCCAUGCCACAAGAGCCUUGGUAUCUGUGUGCUGACCCCUGCGAGCCCUCUCUCUCUCUCUCUCUCUCUCUCUCUCUCGCUCUCGCUCUCGCUCUCGCUCUCGCUCUCUCUGCAUGAUGUAGAAACUGUCUCCACCACCACCACCACCAAGAACCACUUUGCCACCAAUAUUCUGUCCUGUAUUAUUCUGUCCAUGCUUGUGGCCAGGAAAAGAAGAAAUUGUAUUGUGCAGGAAACAUAGGGAUCAAAGUGGAAGGGAUGUGUAUUUUAAAAUGAUAGUAUAUUUCUUAUGAUUAAAUUAUGUAUUGUGUUCUGUUUUAAACAUUUGCAGAAAGAAUAAGCUCUUUAAAUGGAACGUGUGUGUGUGUGUGUGACUCUCAGGCACAAAAACGACGGGUAGUCGCACUGCCGUGCUAUAUGACCUAGAACCCAUGAAGCACUGACUGUGAAAAUGAUCGCUUGUCACAUUUGUGAUUGAAACACCAGAGAAACAAGUAAAGAUCACUUCCCAGCUAGAA